AGAGAAAGAGAGAGAGAGAGACGGAAGAGAAAAUCACUCAAACUGCCGAUAGGAAAGAGCAGUUAUUAGCAGAGUCGCUGUCCUGUCAAUAAAACAAGUCAAUGGCUUUAAUACAAACAGAUCCGAACCGCCAAGGGAACGGACUAACCAACGCUCUUCAAGGUGGCGUGAGAAAAGCCUGUCCCGUGUAUAACCCCGCGAACGCGCAGCCGAGGGACCCGGAGCUCAGCACACACGGGCUCCCGAAAGCGUUCCUUCACAGUCUGAGAACCCUAUUCGACAUCCUCGACGACGGAGGCCGGGGGUACAUCCAGCUGUCGGAGAUCGAGAGCCGGUGGCGCGGAGCGGAGGAGCGCGAUGUCCCCGCGGGGGUCCUGGAGGGUCUGAGGCGGGUCGCGUCGCGGCACGGACGCCUGAGCUUCGAGCGCUUCGUCGCGGGACUUCGAUACUCGAUGUUCAACCCCGAAAACUGCAGCAAAACUCAGGCUAACAACCCCCGUCAGCAGCAGAACCCGCCGGAGAGAUCCAGAACCGGGACCGGGCGGCUGCUGGAGUGCAGAGUUCGGCCGCUCGGACCGAGUAACGGAACAAACACAGUCCACAGUCGGAACAGACCCGACAAACACAGCUAUUGUUCCCGUUACUCGGUCAGAUCCGAUCCGGCCCACACCGAACAUCACGGCCGACCCACGGAACCCGCUUCGGGAGCUCCCGAUGGACUAACGUUAAACACAGUCGAGAGCCUGGUUCUGCAGCGCUCGCACAGUGAGACGAUGAUGGGCUUGGCGAGCUCGCGGCGGCACACGGGAGAUCAGCGGCGCCGGCACACCCUCACCAGCGGAGUGGAUUACGCCAUGCUGAAGCAGAUGAAGGAGCUGGAGCAGGAGAAGGACUCUCUGCUGGCCGGCCUGGAGGUGUUGGAGCGAGCCAGAGAAUGGUACCAGACCCAGAUCCACAACAUCACUGAGACCCAGAGACUCGUGGGCCAGAGCCGCCACUCCACCGAGGUUUUGGGUGAAUCUUGUCAAAGUCGGAUAGAUGUUCUUCUGCCAAAACUGCAGGAAAUCACGCGCUGCCUCAAUGAUUUAAUUUCCUUUUCUGGGAAGACGGUCUCGUCUUCAGACUCGCUGUCGGCCGGCGUCUCGUCCAGCACUGCUCCUCCUCAGGCCAUACACACACUGAAGGAGCACAACCGCUUGCUCACACAGGAAGUGACCGAGAAGAGCGAGCGCAUCACUCAGCUGGAGCAGGAGAAAUCUGCGCUGAUCAAGCAGCUGUUCGAAGCUCGUGCUCGCAACGCUCACGACAGCAGCGCACUCGACUCCACCUUCAUCUGACCAUCAUCAUCAUCACUCCUGAGACCACUGUUCACUACAUCAUCAUCAUCAUCACUCCUGAAACCACUGUUCACUUCAUCAUCUUCAUCAUCAUCACUCCAGAGACCAGCGCAACACCACUGUUGACUUCAUCUUCAUCAUCAUCCUCAUCACUCCUCCAGAGACCAGCCCAACACCACUGUUGAGUCACGCUUCAUCUGAGGCCGAGUCGGCCUGUUGUCAGUGUGGAGCAACCGCUCAGUGUAACCCGACCCCUUCACUGGAGCUCCUCCCUCUCAGCCGAGUCUACACGCGCAAACACAAGACAGAAUAAACUGGACUCCAGCGCAGGACAGUCAGAUGGCAUGAACAAACACUGCUUCUAAAGUUCACUGACGCUUCUUCUGGACCUGGAGCUUUAUCUGUGCAGUCGAUCGGUGUGGUGUAGAUCUUUCUUGUAGCUAGGGUUUUCAGUUGGGGUGCUUUGAUUAGUGUGCUGUGUUUUCAGAAAGUUCCUCUCCUCCACACACACACACACACACAGACGUCUUUGGCUGUUUUUGAGCAUCUCGCCAUAAGCUUUGCUGUUGAAGAUGGCAUGGAAAGUUAAAAAGACUUCUGAAAGGUCGCAGUGUAACAGAAGUAGCAGCAGAUCUUGUCUUCUGUUUCGGGCCGUACAUCUGAAUGAAACUGAUUAUGGAAAUCAUUAUGGAAACAGAAAAGAAGACAUGUAGGGCGGGGCUUGGUUCUGUCCAGCAGUUGCUGAUUGGAUGGAGGCGGGUCUGAAUGUAAGGGGCGGGGUUCAGCGCACAGAAUGAUUGGACGGUCCUCACCAUGGAGACGCCUGUCCUUUCAUUAUAUUUCGAUUUUUACAGCACCUGAGGACCUUCAUGCUCUCCGUAGUUGACCACAGUUGUUGACUCUUCUGUUAGUUUGCAGAACAGAAAGUCUUUAUAAUAAUGGAUUUCAUGAUGUUUAAACGCAGAAAUGCGAAGCUUGUCUUUGUUUAAGCAGUUCUUUAGUUAAACAUGAGUGAAAUUUACACACAGUUGUUCUAUGAGGCGGGACUAAUGAGUGAAAAUGAUUGGCUGUGGUAAAUGACCACUCAACGACUCCCUCUAUAGAUGCGGUUUAAUAAAUACCUGGACUAUUCUUUUAUGUACAAUUGUAGUUUGAUUCUUGAAUGCUCUUUAUCACUUCAAGUGUGAAGAUUAAUUGAAGCUGAUUUUAUGAAUGAGUACAGCAGUGACUUCAGAGGACUAGAUGCUUCCAAUCUAUAUUUACGAUAGCCGUAUAUAAGCACAAUGUGGCAUGAAAGAGCAUUUCAGACCUGAAUGAUGUGAACAUUAGUAAAUACCUUGGGCCUUGUCCACACGGGUAUUUUUAUAACCGUGACCUUUUUUACGCGGUUGGGCCGUUCGUCCAGACGGAAACGCAGUAUCAGGACACUAAACCCCUGCCAGGACUUUCAGAAACGCAUCUUGUUGGCAGUAAACCGAGGUUUUUGAGCGCCGCACUGCGCCGUUAUCCGCCUACCGAAACCUGUAAUAACUUUUUGUUAGGCUUCGGAUUGGCCAACGUGCCUUUACGGUCAGGGUUAUAUCGCCGCCUGCUGGUGUGGCAUGCUCUUGACAGUGCUUGAUAGUGUGUUUUUGUGUUUUCAAGUGGACAGGAUUUUUUUAAACACGGGAGGAAAAACUCAGGUUAUUAAAAUACCCGUGUCCGUGUGGACGAGGCCUUGGUCAGUUUCAGCCCUGAUGGAAGAAGGUCAACACGAGAAAGGAAGGAUGUUUGUGGACGUGAUCUGGACAACCAAUAUUUUAUUACGAUCUUUUAAAGAUGGUUGAUAAUGGAUAUGGAGAAUGUUUGUGGGGUUUACAAAAGUGGUGUUGAAGCAGUUAUACCUGUGUGAAAUAAUGCAUUUAAUUUGACCUUUAUAAAGCACUGAUGAUCUGGCACAUGAUGUUCAGUUAUUGAAUAAAUCAUGUCUUCAGGUUACAGGAGCUAAAUGUGUUCAUGAAUACGCAAAAGAAAACAGACACACAGUAUGUAGUGUUUUCCCUUUAUCAUUCUGUCUGAAUCUGAGCUGAUGAUGAAGAAUCUCUGGGAAGAUCUCGUCGGCUCAGCGUCUGGAAGCUGCUGUGGAAACACGAUGGUUUAAUGAUUUAAGGGAUCGUUAAGAGACAUUACAGGAGACCAAUCAAUGAAGCUGAAGGACAUUAAUGGCAUAUAUAUAUGCUGCACAUAUGAUGUAAUGAAUAUCAUUAUACUGUUUAUCUCAACUCUCAUUUCUUUUAUGUAAUCCACAGCAAUCUUGAUGCUUUUCCAUGAUUAAAGCAGGUCCUUCAUUAGU